CUCUACAAGUCCACAUGUAAUGUCCAAGUCCGUGUAUGCAAAUAGAGUGAGUUGCAUUCAAUUAGUGUUGAAUUACACAACAAGUCACAGAAACAUCAUCUUCACCAUGUGAGAAGUUACACUAACGUUAUCUACACACAGCUCUAGCCUCAUGGACUAGAAGGCAGCGUCACCCCGCGCAGCUUCCUCCUCACACCAAUGGCGCACAUAGGACGGCUGACGUCCAAAAGCUCGGUGCUCUUGCUGUGUGACAUGCAAGAGAAAUUCAGGCCAACCAUUUUCCAGUUCUCCAAUAUUGUGUGUAAUGCAGCAAGACUUCUACAGGCUUGUCGGAUCCUGGGUAUUCCCCCGAUCUUGACUGAGCAGUACCCUAAAGGUUUGGGUCCAACUGUGUCUGAGUUAGGCGCCGAGGACCUGAAGCCCCACUCUAAAACCCGCUUCUCCAUGCUAACAGAGAGCGUUGAGAACGAGCUUAAAAGCCUGGGGAGCCCCAAGCAGGCCAUACUGUGUGGCAUUGAAGCCCAAGCCUGCAUUGCUUGUACGACAUACGAUCUUCUGGAACGAGGUAUGGAGGUUCACAUCGUUGCAGACGCUGUCUCAGCUCGGAGUCAGACAGACCGGCUGUUUGCUCUCUCGCGUCUAAAGCAGAGCGGAGCUUUUCUCACCACCACUGAAAGCGUGAUGCUGCAACUCGUGCAGGAUGCCAAGCACCCCAACUUUAAAGAGAUCCAGAAGCUUCUAGCUCAUCCUUCUCCAGAUACAGGUCUCAUCAACUUCUUCAGCUCACUGUAAGAGGACUGACACUACACCAUAGAAGAAAGCAGCAGCAUCACUGACCAUGGAAUUAUCACUGUAUUUUUAUUGAAAGUGAUUUUGUUCAGUUUUGAACUAUUGAAUAUUUCCUUCUGUUAAACCUUCUCAAAUGACUUGGAACAGAAUGUUUUCUGUAUGCAUUGUCAUUAAUACAUGAAUAAAUGAUGAAGAUCUAUACAGAUA